UCAGCCAUGGCCGUGCUGCGACGAGCUUUGGUCGCACUCCGGUUGCUGUUCAUUGCUGCGGCGAUCCGGUUGCCGUUGGUGGCUGUGGUGAGCAGCACCGUUGUCUCCAGGGCAAUGGUUCCGGCGAUCUUUGUGUUCGGCGACUCCACUGCCGAUGUGGGGAACAACAACUACUUGCCGGGGACCAGUGCCAGGGCUGAUUUUCCUCACAAUGGCGUCGACUUCCCCGGCGGUGAGCCGACGGGCAGGUUCAGCAACGGCUUCAUUGGCGCCGACUUCUUGGCUGUCCACAUGGGCUUCAGCGGGAGCCCGCCACCGUACAUCUCUCUCGUCGCCGGCAGUGGCGAGGCAUCAGGCAACACGACGACAAAGAGGCCGGUGGCCGCUGAUGCCUCCAUGAGAGGAGCCAGCUUUGCCUCUGGAGGCUCCGGUGUUCUUGACUCCACUGGAGACACGAUCAACAUGACGAAGCAGAUCGAAUACUUCUCGGAUCUCAAAGACCAGAUGCUGUCAGCCAGAUUGGGUGCCUUCGGAGCAUCGGCCUUCCUCUCCAAGUCCAUCUUCCUCAUCAGCGCGGGCUCGAACGACGCCAUCGACUUCUCGCAGGACACAUCGCCGGACUCCACCGCACUCCAGCAGUUCAGGGAAGCCGUGGUCUCGACAUACGAUAGCCAUGUCAUAACGCUGUACAACCUUGGGGCGAGGAAGUUCGCGGUGAUCGACGUGGCGCCGCUCGAGUGCUGCCCGUACUGGAGGAGCCGGAACCCGUCCGGGGAGUGCGUCGAGCCGCUGAACCGGCUAGCGAAGAGCCUCAACGAUGGGAUCCGGGACCUGUUCGCCGGCCUCGUCCGCGAGAUGCAGGGCAUGGAGUACGCCAUUGGCAGCGCCUACGAGCUCGUCUCCCGCAUCGUCCAAGACCCGCAGUCUGCAGGAUUGACGGAGUUGAAGAGCGCGUGCUCUGGAGGUGGCGGCAGGUUCAACGCCGACGGAGGGUGCACCCCCAGCGCCGGCUACUGCAGCGACCGUGGCAAGUUCCUCUUCUGGGACUUCCUGCACCCUACCCAGGCCACCUCCAGGCUCGCCGGCCGAGCGUUCUACGACGGGCCGGCACGGUUCGUCGGCCCGAUCACCUUCAGGGAACUGGCCGAGACGUAGCCGUAGCGUCGCAGCAUGGGAAAUAUCAGUGCAUUUUUGUAUCAAUAUUCCACGACAUGAGAGAGCCUCAAACGUGGUUUUGUGUUUUUGGGGCCGAUCCAAGUCAAAAUCUUGGUCUUUGCCUUCCGUGGCGGCGAAAGUUUAACAACUGGCGCCGAUUGUCCAAAUUGGGGGGCAGACACACAAUAGUCAGUCAUCGAUCGAUUCUCGUGCACACUGACCUGAGUACUGGAGACCAUCUAAAUUA